AUGGCCGUCAAUGGAGGAAGCGAUGGAAUACUGGCAAACAUGUUCGCGCCUCUUACGAUAAAGCCGGGCGGAUCAAGGCCGCAAUCAUCUCCCGUGAUGACGACUGUACUUCGAGUAAACGAAAACAAACCAGAACCCGCGCGACGAUCCAACUCCCAUUUAAUCCAACCUCUUGAUCCCUUUGAACAAGCCUCUCCGGCCCCCGACUCGGAAUUGGGCCGUAUUUUCUCCCUGUCUCCGCUACCGACUGUUGUGCUCGAUGCGAAACUGCGGGUGGCGCAAAUCUCAGAUAGCCAUUUGUCCUUUAGCGGUUAUACUCGCUCAGAGGUAAUAGGCCACAGCAUUUAUGACCUUCCGGCUCACAAAGUGCCUGCCGCCAGCACCAGCAGCCUUCACCGCGUGAUUUCAAACGCUAUCAAGACAGGGGAAGUGCAGAUCAUAGACGAUAUCGAAAUUGACGACGGCACCAGUUUCGCUGUAUACAGUGUUCACAUUGCGCCCAUUCAGGAUCAGGGCAAUUUACUCUAUGUGGUUCUUACUGCACAUGAUGUCACCAAGGAAUCGUCAGUCCGUCAGAGCAAUAAAGAGCUAGCGUAUAUGAACGAAACGUACAAAAUCCUCGUCGAUACGGUGAAGGAUUACGCUAUCUUUAUGCUGGACACUUCUGGCUGUGUUGCGACGUGGAAUUCCGGUGCUGCCAUCAUGAAAGGCUACAGUUCAGAUGAUAUUAUUGGUCGCCACUUCUCGACCUUCUACGGCGAAGACGAUCGAGCAGCUGACAAACCUGGGAAAGAGUUGGAGGUGUGUCUGAGAGAAGGCAAAGUAGAAGACGAAGGUUGGCGAUAUCGAAAGGAUGGAUCGCGUUUCUGGGCCAAUGUCAUGAUCACCCCGGUAUAUACAGCGGGUCGCCAUGUUGGCUUUGUCAAGGUCACAAGAGAUCUCACAGAACGCAAAGCAGCCGAAAGCCGGCUGAUUGCAGCUUUUGAGGAGUCCUCCAAACUCAAAUCUGAUUUCCUGGCGAAUAUGAGCCAUGAGAUUAGGACUCCGAUGCACGGCAUGUUGAUGUCCAUACAGAUGCUUGCAGCAACGAAUGUGGAUGAGAAGCAAAAGGAAUACAUCAAUAUCAUUGAAGACACUGGCUCCGUCUUGUUACAAAUCAUCAACGACGUCCUCGAUUACUCCAAACUGUCGUCCGGCACUUUCACGAUAACUCCUGGUGUCGUGGAUGUGAAAGAAGUCGUUGGUGCCGUACUUCGAAAUUGUCAAUCGUCUGUAAAACCAGGAGUUGACUUGCGUGUCCAUUACUCGGAUCAGUUACCAAAACACUUGAAAGGAGACCCUCUUCGAUAUCGCCAGAUUAUUCAGAAUCUCAUUAGCAAUGCCGUCAAGUUUACAGACGAAGGCAGCGUUGAGGUUUCGGUCAAAGUCACGGAGGACCCGCAAGAUUCGUCAACGUAUGAAGUAACCACCAUGGUUGUCGAUACGGGUAUUGGCGUUCCCGUAGAUGCGGCAAACUCGCUUUUCACUCCAUUCACACGAUUUGCAGACACGAGUCGAAAGAGGUAUCAAGGCACAGGCUUAGGACUAUCCAUUUGCAAGAGUCUAGCCGAGCUCAUGGAUGGAUCAGUGGGUUUUGCAUCAAAUUCAAACUGUCGCGGAAGUACCUUCUGGUUAGCAGUAAAGAUGUCCGUGGUGGACAACACACGACCCGAAAGACGCCGAAGCGAGAACCGAUGUGUGGAUCUAAACGCCCAAAUCCAACAACUAGCACCCCGCAAACAACUUUUGCUGGUUGAAGAUAACAUGAUGAAUCAAACAAUCAUGCUCAAAAUGCUCAAUAUGAUUGGCUUCGAGAAAGUAGACACGGCCUGGAACGGCGCCGAAGCGGUCCGCAAAGUCAAACAGAAACCCCUAUCCUACAAUGCGAUAUUGAUGGAUAUCAAUAUGCCGGUCAUGGACGGCGUGGAUGCUACUAUUGCCAUUCGCGGGAUGAGUCGUGAUGUGCCUAUUAUCGCCAUGACGGGAAAUGCUCUCAAGGGAGAUUCGGAUAUUUAUCUCGCUAGUGGGAUGAAUGAUUAUAUUGCGAAGCCGGUUCAUCGACAACAUUUGGUAUCUGUUUUAUUGAAGUGGAUUGGGCCCUAACCUUUUCCUUCUAUUGCACGUACCCUGUGCAGACUUGUACAUCACAUUUCACAUAUCCUCCUUAUCAUCCCAUUCUUCAGAGAACGGAGUCGGUUUAACAUAAAAUGGCGUUUUAUCGGGGUAGGAGUCUUGCCAACGAGUCGAAAGGCGGCAUUCGGUAUUUUUUUCAAUGAUUUACGAGCGCAGAACUCUAACCAAUUCUGUCAACUGUGUAUCACGAUACGUUUCAAUUCGUUUUCUGUUAUUAUGUCUUCUGAGGAUUCAUUCGGGGUUUUGUUAUGUAUACCCAUUCUGCGGCGUUUAGUUGUCAUAUACAUCGGCAUGGAAGUGCCGGAGGAUUUACACACUGCAUAUUUGUA